ACUCAAUUGAAUCCUGAAACUUACCACCUACCUGUGCCAAACAAACAAAGCAAAAGACAGGCAAGGUAGUAGGGUAUGUAAGUAAUUGAGCUACGGUUCUAGUAUUCCAGCAUACUUACCUACCAACGACCAACCCACGAACACUGAAACGAGGUAUACUACGAGAAAAAAAUAUGGCCGUUCACACUGUCCGGCUCCGAAGAGCACUCAGCUCCGCAUCAGCGACCAAGAACCGCUCGAUACAAAUCACCCGCAACAUACUGCACCUGCAAGUGCUGGUUCACUUGUUCCGCGUCGCGAUUUCUCUCGCUCUGCUACCGCUCGACAAUACCAUUCUGCUCGGGGCGUACGCGGCACGAUGUCUUCCUGUCGGAUUACUAUCGGAUAGUAAGACGGGGACGCGACGACGGCAAGCGGCGCUGCGGGAUAAGUCAUUCCAACCGAAGACGGUGCUGGUGACGGGGAUUGAUACGCCGUAUGGACUGGCGGUUGCGCGGGGGUGGUAUUAUGAGGGGCAUCGGGUGGUUGGGGCGGAGGUGGUGGGGGAGGAGGGGGGAAGUGGGGUGCCGUGCGGGGAGAGUAUGUCGAGGGCGUUGGGGAAGUAUUAUCGGUUGACCAGGAAGGGGUAUGUGGUGCAGGUGUUGGAUGUGGUGGUCAAGGAGAAGGUGGAUGUGUGGGUGCCGUGUUGUGAGGGGAUGGAAGGGGAGGAGGGGGAUGCGGCGGCGAAGGGGGUGGUGGAGGCGCGGACAGAGUGCAAGUGUGUGACGUUGGAUCGGGGGAUGGUGGAGUUGAUUGCGGAUCGGGAGGCGUUUAUGAGGUUUUUGGUGGAGAAGGGGUUGCCGGUGGUGGAGAGACAUGAGGUGUUGUCGAGAGAUGCGGUGCAUAAGAUCUUGCAUCGGUCGCCGACGAAGGUGUGGAAUAUGCGGAGGGACGGGGAUCGGGAGGUGGUGUUGCCGAAGCGGACGCUCAGUUUGACGUAUUCGGAGGUCAGUGAGAUUCGCAUCUCCAGGGAGCGGCCGUGGACGUUGCAGCAGCAGACGAGGUUGGGGAGUUUCUUUGCGGAGAUGGUCGUGGUGGCGGGGCAUGUCAAGGCCUCGAAGAUCUAUCCUGCGGAUGAGCAGGGUGGUUGGGGCCAGUCACCGAUGGAUCGCGGGUUGGCGACGGCGAUUCAGGCGCUGAUGGAUCGGUUUGCGACGCAGGUUGGACCCCGGCUGACCGGCCACAUGCGACUGAAGUUGUUGGUCGAUGAGGAGAUGGCCGCGAGCUAUCUGCGAUAUGUGAUCCAUAUUGAUAGCUGUGUGCAUGGCGCAUCGGCUGUCAAGUAUCUCCUCCUGGAGGAGGCGCCGGGGUCGUUGGUGGCUGGGUAUCUCGGGGUGCUGACGCCGCAGACCAAUGGCGUGGCCGAGGUGAAUGUGACCGGGGAGAUGUCUUUGAAGGCGGACAUCUCCACGCCGCCGCGCAAGGGGUUCAGCCUGUAUCGGGCUGUGAAGAAGUGCAAUGUGAAGAGGAUGGUUCCGAUGUUCAAAGGGGUUGAUCGUGCUCUCUCCGAGGGGAGCAAGUUGCUGUUCUUCUGGAAGAACCAGAAAUUCUCACAGCUUGACCCGAUGCCAUGGUGGUGGCACGCUCAUAUCUACCAGCCGUUGAGGGAGUUGGAGAUGAUUGUGAAACCGAAGAGAGCAUGAGGCUUGU